AGCAACACCACCCACUUCCGGUGUCAAACAGGAAGCUGUUUUCUUGUAUCAGCUGUUUUAUUUUAUUUUCACAACAACCAAAGACAGUUGAACUGAUUUAUUAAACCUCCUCACAAACAAACAGCCGGUCCAAAGCUUCGGUUUAACGUCUGUUCAUCCGGACAACAUGCUGUCGGACGCAGAUUACUCCGGGAGCUGCUCCGGUGCCCGCAGAGCCAGAAAGCGGAGCUCCGGGGAGUCUCCUGGGGACGGAGCGUCCGUUCGCUCCUCCGGGAGGCAGAGCACGGCCCGGGUGAAGCGCAGCAGCAACCCCCCACCUGGACCGAGCAAAAGGAAAGCGACAGAAGCCGAGGAGGAAGACGAGCAGGCUGAGAAGAAGUACAGGAAGUGUGAGAAGGCCGGAUGCUCGGCCAUGUACCCUGUGUGUUUUGCGAGUGCGUCAGACAGGUGUGCAAAAAACGGCUACACGUCUCGCUGGUAUCACCUGUCGUGUGGUGAACAUUUUUGCAACGAGUGCUUUGAUCACUACUAUAGAAGUCACAAGGACGGUUAUGAGACCUUCGCCUCCUGGAAGAAGGUGUGGACCAGUAACGGGAAAAGCGAGCCCAGUCUUAAAGCGUUCAUGGCCGACCAGCAGCUUCCGUUUUGGGUUCAGUGCACCAAGCCAGACUGCGGGAAGUGGCGCCAGCUGACCAAAGAGAUCCAGCUCACCGCCUCUCUGGCAGCAACAUACCGCUGUGGCAUGAAGGUCAACAACAUCAAGAGUGAAGGACCCGACCACUGCUCCCAACCAGAGGACCUGAGGGUCGCUGAGGUGAAGGAAAGCUGGUGGCACUCCAUGCUGAUUUUACCGCCGCUGUUAAAGGAAAGCCCAGCCGGAGCGUUUCUCUCGGCGUAUUACCCCGACUGCGUGGGGAUGAGUCCGUCAGGCUCUCCCUGCAACGUGUCGGAUCCCUCCAGAGCCGCGCAGCCUCAGAGUAAGUCUGUGAGCUCAGGGCUGAGCGGAAAUCCGAGGUUUGGUUUUGGGAUCAAAGCAACGCCUUACCGCUGCUCCCGCCUAUCAGUUCCAGGCCUGUGUCCGUACUUCCAGCCGUUCUACCAGCCCAACGAAUGUGGCAAAGCUCUGUGCGUGCGGCCGGACAUGAUGGAGCUGGAUGAGCUUUACGAGUUCCCAGAGUUUUCCCGAGAUCCCACCAUGUAUCUGGCUCUGAGGAACCUCAUCCUGGCAUCCUGGCACAAGAACUGCAAGGAAGUGCUGACUGCUGAGAAAUGUGCUCAGAACAUCAUUGUCCGCGGGUUGGUGCGUGUUUGCUGCGUGCAGGAGCUGGACCGGGUUCUCCACUUCAUGACCAGGAAGGGCCUGAUCAACACUGGCGUGCUGGCAGUGAAGCAGCCUCUGCUGCCUGAAAAGCACCGCCCUAAGAAGGUGAUCAUCAUCGGCGCCGGUGCCUCAGGACUGGCUGCUGCUCGGCAGCUGCAGAACUUCGGCACGCAGGUGGUGGUGCUGGAGGCGCGCGACCGAAUCGGCGGCCGGGUGUGGGAUGACACCUCUCUGGGCGUCACCGUCGGCCGAGGCGCUCAGAUCGUAAACGGCUGCGUGAACAACCCGGUCGCUCUGAUGUGUGAACAGAUGGGCAUCAAGAUGCACAAACUGGGCGAGCGCUGUGACCUCUUCCAGGAGGGCGGGCGGGUCACCGACCCAGCCAUCGACAAGCGCAUGGACUUCCACUUCAACGCCAUCCUGGAUGUGGUGUCCGACUGGAGGAACGACAAGUCGCAGAACCAGGAUGCACCACUAGGAGAAAAGGUCCAGGAAAUAAAGAAGGACUUCCUUCAGGAGUCUGGGAUGCAUUUCAGCGAGUUGGAGGAGAAAGUGCUUCAGUUUCAUCUCAGCAACCUGGAGUUCGCCUGUGGAAGCACGUUAGACCAGGUUUCGGCUCGAUUUUGGGACCACAACGAGUUUUUUGCCCAGUUCUCAGGAGACCACACUCUGCUAACGAAGGGUUACUCUGUUUUACUCCACAAACUGGCUGAAGGGCUCGACAUCCGAACAAACUGUCCAGUUAAUGCCAUAGAUUACUCAGGUGAAGCUGUAAAAGUUACCUCCUCUAACGGUUCCCAGUGGACGGCUCAGAAGGUCCUCGUCACGGUGCCGCUGACUCUGCUUCAGAAGAACAGGAUUCGCUUUAACCCACCACUUCCAGACAGGAAGCUGAAGGCAAUCCACAGUCUGGGAGCAGGAAUCAUAGAAAAGAUUGCUCUCCAGUUUCCAAACCGAUUCUGGGACUCCAAGAUCCAAGGUGCCGAUUACUUUGGUCACAUUCCGCCAUCUUCUGAGAAAAGAGGAAUGUUCAGCGUCUUCUACGACCUCGAUCCACAGGGGAAACAGGCUGUGCUGAUGUCUAUCAUUUCCGGCGAUGCCGUAUCUGCCGUUGGCGACAUGGAGGAGAAGGAUGUGGUCGAUGAGUGCGUGAAGGUCCUGCGGGAACUUUUUAAAGAGCAGGAUGUUCCGGAUCCUCUGAGUUAUUUCGUGACACGUUGGAGCAAAGACGAGUGGUCCCAGAUGUCCUACAGCUUUGUGAAGACGGGGGGCAGCGGAGAGGCCUACGACGUCCUGGCGGAAGACUUGCAGGGAAAGGUUUUCUUCGCCGGCGAGGCCACAAACCGACACUUCCCUCAGACUGUGACCGGAGCCUACCUCAGUGGCGUCAGAGAGGCCAGCAAGAUGGCCGCCGUGUGACGGAUCCGCCCCGGCGUUCUCUGAAAAUGCUCCCCCUGCGUCCAACAGACCAACAGGGCGUUUCCUGCUGAUGGUUGCAUCAGGCUCUCAUGGACUACCCAGAGGAACGCCUUUUAUUUAUAACCUAGAAGCGGACGGCGGCUCUGCAUAGAAUCACUGUUCUGGAGAUUAGAAUCAUAAUUUCAACUAAAGCAACAGAUUAGAGCUGCAUGAAAUGUUGGUAAACUCAUCAUGACUGAAUAGAUUAGGUCUAAUUUGGAGAAAAUGAUGUGAUCGUGAAAAAUCUCUUCAGCAACGCUCGUUUUUUCCAAAGUUUCCCUCUCGUAAUGAUUUUUGAUGUGUUGUUUGUCUAGUUGGUGUUUUUCUAGGAUCCACGAUGAACUGCUAGAUUUAGUCAGAGUGAUUCUUCCACAGCACUUUUCAUUUAAAACAGUAAAAACGGCGAUUGCUCGGAUGGAGCGGACCUUCGUCGUUUAGAGCUCAACAGACUCUUCUGUUUCUUCCUCAGGGAUCUUAUCAGGUAAACAAACGGCUACACUAAAAGCUCGGAGGUUUCAUCACGCGAGCGUAGAAAAAAAGAAGGAAAGAAAUCUUUCACAUAUUGUCUCCUGAGAAGUGAAGUUCCUGAGAUUUUGAUUCAGAGCCUCUUCGGUUUGUCUUGAUUGUUUGUGACUAAUGAGGAUUCAUGUGACUUCUUAUCCGUGUCUGAUGCUCGAGUGUUCGUCUUGUCUGUUUAAUAAACCGAGCUACAAAC